AUGAUUCACGUCAGUAAGGCCAAUGCGGUGUCGGCUAAGCUGGGCUCAGGUUACGGUGUUGAUGGCGGGGAGAGCGAGGAUCAUUAUUUGGGAGCUUGCUUUUCCAGCUCCGUGGGAGCACAAAGCUCCUCCCUCGCCCCGUCCUUGGUCCACGCCACUGCAGACGCAGCAACUACGACUGUCAGAAGCGAUACCGGCCCGACCAACCACGGCCAACUACGUCGCGUCGGACACGGCAUGCAGGCAGGUGCAUGGCCAGAUAAGGAGAAGCAUUCCUGCCUGGCCGGGCAGCUGGUGCCCGCUGCUCCUGUUGAGGUUGACUGGGCCCUUGAGCUCCCCACACCACAUCGACAGCCGCACGGCAACUUCGACUGGCUCCAACCGCGAGUUGGGCUGAGAUGGAAGUCUGGGAAGUCGCUCAACACGCUAUCUUGGACGUGGAGGCAAAGUCCCUGCCCCAAUGGAGGUGGAUCAAGAAUGGCCGUAGAACCCCCGAGACGCGGGGCGAGGAGGAACGCCCCCUGCCCAUGGGCCUCCUAGAACGUGCCCC